GGACGCUUCCUCCGCUCGAUUCAUUCGUCGAUCUUGCUGUCGCUAUAAUUACGUAAUUGCCCUUCUUCCUUAUCCUCCUCCUCCGCCUCCUUUAAUUUUCGUGCUCCGAUCCUUCUCACCCGCACCUCGACCUCGCCCAUGGCGGGAGCCACCAUGCGCGCCGUCCAAUACCACGGCUACGGCGGCGGCGCCGCCGCUCUCAAGCAUGUUGAGAUUCCAGUUCCUUCACCAAAGAAAGAUGAAGUGCUCUUGAAAGUGGAAGCUGCAAGCAUCAACCCAGUUGACUGGAAAAUCCAGAAAGGAAUGCUACGGCCUUUCUUGCCUCCGAAGUUUCCAUUCAUACCAGUUACUGAUGUUGCUGGAGAGAUUGUUAAUGUCGGUUCGGGAGUGACUUCUUUCAAGCCAGGCGACAAAGUCUUGUCUCUGCUUGCAUUCGGGCAAGGAGGCGGCCUCGCCGAGUAUGCCGUGGCCCCAACCAGCCAGACGGUUGAGCGGCCGCCCGAAGUCUCUGCAGCCGAGGCCGCGGGCCUCCCCAUCGCCGCCACAACUGCACUGCAAUCGCUCAAGCGCGGCGGAGCCAAAUUCGACGGCACUGGUAAUCCGGCAAAUGUCCUGAUCACCGCUGCAUCAGGCGGCGUCGGUCUCUAUGCUGUCCAGCUAGCGAAACUCGCCAACCUCCACGUCACCGCCACCUGCGGUGCCCGCAACAUAGAGCUUGUGAAAAGCCUGGGGGCCGAUGAGGUCCUCGAUUAUAAAACCCCCGAGGGCGCGAGCCUGAAGAGCCCUUCUGGUAAGAAAUAUGACUGCGUCGUGCAUUGUGCAGUCGGGAUCGGUUGGUCUACAUUCGAACCGAACUUAAGCCCUAACGGGAACGUCAUCGACAUCACGCCAAACUUCUCGGCUAUACUGAAUUCUGCCAUCAAGAAGCUGACCUUUUCCAAGAAGCAGUUAGUGCCGCUGUUGGCGAUUCCCAAAAAGGAGGAUUUGAAGUAUCUGGUUGAGUUGGUGAAGGAAGGGAAGCUGAAGACGGUGAUCGAUUCGAAGUAUCCGCUAAGCAAGGCGGAGGAAGCUUGGGCGAAGAGCAUAGAGGGCCAUGCGACUGGUAAGAUCAUUGUCGAGAUGUGAGAAGUCGAUCGAUUUAAGAUCUGAGACUAUUGAUUUGUAGAUAAUAAUAUAAGUCGACAGCAAAAAUUGAGUCUCGUGGUGUUAUAUGUAAAGAGUUGAUGAAACAGAGGCUUUAACUUGCUACUCAGUAAAUAUAUUAUAUGAAAGUAUGCGAAUGCUUUUGAUUUUUUGUA